AUGACGACGUGCCGUCUGCUGUGCUCCCCGUUGGUGCUCGCCCUGUGCUGCUGCCCGUCCGUGUGCGUGACAACAAGUGAAGAAACAGCUGGUAAAUCUGGAAGUGAUCCCGUUUCACCAAAUUCUAAGCCAGAAGGACAAGAUCAUUUGACGGAAUCGCCUGGUAAAACUCCUUCUCCACCAGAGAAAAACGAAGAAGGGAGAGAGACAGAAGAUUCACAAAAAAUGGAGACUCUUGCGUCACAUACAACGGCUACAGUAACCGAAACGCCACAGCCACCAAAUACUUCCCAUAAUACACAGGAUCAAGAUGAUGGGAAACCCACUACUGAAGAUGCAGGUAUUGAUAAGAGCAAUAUGUCAAAUGAACAAAAUGAGAAAGAAAAUGCACCAACUGCGACAACAACAACGACAACGACAAAGGCGCCAACUACGACGACUACCCGCGCACCGUCACUUCUGCGCGAAAUCGACGGCAGCCUCAGCAGCUCUGCGUGGGUGUGUGCACCGCUGCUGCUCGCCGUAUCCGCGCUGGUGUACACCACUGUGGGCUAA